CUACGGGGUGGGCGUGGCCCGGGAAGGGGCGUGGCCAGCGCGGCGAGUGGUGGGCCUGGCGGUUUAACGGAGGCGCCUGGUGUCUCCGCAGGCAGCUGCGCAGGUCGAAUGUUGAGGAAGAAUGAAGAGCGAUGCACAGAAGAUGGCUAAAGUUUAGCGGUUUAGACUGCACGUAAGGAAACCAUGCUUGAAAUAUGCACUGCAGUCAAAAGAUAUUCUUCUGCUGAGCCCUUUGAAGCGGACAGGCAUGCUUACAUACAUGAAUGUAGCCCUGAAGUUAAAAUGUGAAGUUGUUCUAGAGAAUUAAACUCUCAACAAGACUAGUUCCAGUGGAUGGCCUAAAACCAUGUCCUUGUCUCGUGUUGAAAAUCCUUGUUUCCUGCUCUUCCUAGCUGUCUUUCAAGCAAUAUUUAUCCUGAUUUUGUACCGAGGUGGAGCAUCCAGUGUAUUUCGAGGAUUUUUAGAUGCUCCUCAGCCUUGGGAUUACUCAAAAACACAGGAUGUGUAUACAAAUCUCAGCUUGUUCACCCGAGCUCCUAAUGAAGAAACUAUGCCAUAUUGCACAGCCCAGUCACCGAUAUUUGUUGGUCCAUUAACCAUCACCUUUAAUACAUUCCCCAGUGAAAGAAUGAUAAUUAAAAAAAAUCCCUUUGUUCGGUUUGGAGGCUGCUACAGCCCUCCUCACUGUCUGGCUCGCUAUAAAUCAGCCAUCAUUGUACCACACAAGAACCAAGAGAAGCACCUGCGACACCUUCUCUAUUAUCUUCAUCCCUUCCUACAGCGCCAACAGCUUCACUAUGGCAUCUACUUGAUUCACCAGGCUGGGAAUGCUACUUUUAACCGAGCCAAGCUCCUUAAUGUUGGUAUCCGGGAAGCCAUGAAGGAUGAGGACUGGGACUGUCUGCUCCUGCAUGACGUGGACCUCAUUCCUGAAAAUGAUUAUAACCUCUAUGUCUGUGAUGAAUACUACCCCAAACACAUUGCCAGUGCCAUAGACAAAUUCCAGUACAGUUUGCCAUAUUGGUCCUUUUUUGGAGGUGUCUCUGCUUUGACUCCAGAGCAUUACAUGAAGAUAAAUGGGUUUCCAAACACCUACUGGGGCAGUCGUGGUGAAGACGAUGACAUUGCUGCAAGGAUUCAGUUAGCAGGAAUGAAAAUAGUCAGGACCUCCAUUCAUCUUGGACGCUACAAAAUGGUGGAUCUUGAGCAACACAAAGGGAGUGAAGAGUACUCAAUAAGGCCUGCUCCACUGCAUAACACCAAAAAAACAUGGAAGGAUGAUGGAAUGAAUUCUGUAGAGUUCAAACUCCUUUCAAGAAAGAAGCACCUUCUUUAUACCAAUAUCACCGUGGACAUUGGGAAUGCUCCCACACUGCCUCCAGAGGGUAAAAACAAAGAGAAGAGAGCUUGAGUAUUGGUGCAGCACCUGGAAAUUGUUCAACACAGGAGGUGCCAGCCUAUUGUUAAUCAGAGGUCUACAAAGAUUGAGGAAUUAUUUCCUGCUGUGGGCUUCACCUUUCCUCCAAACAUGCAAGGGUUAAAAGAGAAGUCUUCAGGAAUGAGGCAUGACAGCUACUAGACUGGAUUCAGUUUAUUGUAGAGAAUCCCUUUUUAAGCACUGUAAAAUGUGAUGCUUACUGAGCCCUUUACACACCCCCACCUACCCACCUCUGUUGCAGCCUUGGGGAGUACAUCCUUAUUCAUCACCAGGCAAAUCCAUUCUAAUCUGCGUACUCUUAAAUCGGUAUCACCCACUAGCUGGAUAGUUGGUUGAAUGCCAGCUACGUAAUCUCUGCAUAUCCUCCUGCUUACUAUUUUAAAAUGGUAAUUAGGUUAAAGCCACUCUGAGGAGGUGUUUCAUGUUUUGUUUGAAAGAAACCUCAGUCCCAUCUCUCUGAGAGAGACUGCAACUAGAGAAUCUCUUUCUUGAAAUAAUUUUUUUUUUCUUUAGUGUUAAAUAUUUCCCUUUCCAACUGUUACUUUUUUUUUUGUAAAUAUUCUUCAGGAAGUUUUAAAUAUAAGAUUUUGAAAGUUAA